GUCAAUUGUUUUCAUCUUGUUUGCCCAAAUCUGUAUUUCUCCAAAGGUAAAAGCUCUCUCUCUCUCAUCAAUGGCGAAAUCAGCGGCGACGGCGGCUUCCUCGCUUGUGCAAAACCUUAGACGAUUCAUCAAGAAGCCAUGGCAGAUCACCGGGCCUUGCGCUCACCCUGAAUACCUCGAAGCUGUUCCCAAGGCCACCGAGUAUCGUCUCCGAUGCCCCGCAACGACUGAUGGAGAGGCCAUCGUGCCUACCUCGGAUCCCGAAACCGUAUACAACAUCGUAUACCACGGCCGAGAUCAGCGCCGAAACCGUCCACAGAUCCGGCGAUACCUAUUGAAGAAGGACAACGUGGUUCAGAUGAUGAACGAGAAGAAGACGUUCGACGUCUCCGACUUCCCUAAGGUUUACCUGACUACCACAGUCGAAGAGGAUUUGAACACGCGUGGCGGAGGCUACGUCAAAUAAACAGGGUUCUUUCAUCAUUGUCUUUCUCUUGUAAUCUCGUGAUGGGCGAAAGACUACGUUUGAUAUUUCUUUACCGACAAAAAAUCUCUCCCUUGUUUGCUUUGUCUAAUAAGAUUUCUAGUAGCUUUAUGAACUACAAAACACUUCAUUCUCCUUCAGAAUUACCAGAUUGUUGUUCAGUCGUAUUCCCUAUGUUUAUGAUGAACCCGUGAUUGUUUGAAGUUUGAGUGAUUUAGAAACGGUUGAUAAUGUAACGCAAAGAGAAAAAGAGUUAAUA